UUUAUAAAUUCCAUCGAUACUAUCGAUGGAGCCAUCGAUGGAUUUCCCAGCUCUAGGUUGUUGUUGCGCGAGGAGAAGGAGCGUAUAUAAAAAAAAUCUGAUAUAAAUAUUUACGAAUCUUUUUAAAAGUAAUGCACACCUCAGUUAUUUUAUUCGGAUCAAAAAAUACAACCAGCACAAGUGCAAGCUCCACAAAAUGUUAAGUACAUUCAAUCUUGCGCUAGCGCAUCACACAAGAGCAUGACGUAAAAAGACACACUCAACACUCAGACGCAGAGGCAAAAACAACAACAACAACACAACAGAAACAUAAUUUCAUUGUCAAUUUGCAUACUAAAUAUAAAGGUGAAGAAAAAGAGUAGAGUGGGGUUAGGUAAUACAAGUUAUAACAAAAACCAUAAAAUCAAAAAGUGAAAAUGAGUAAGCUGGAAACAGACUCGGAUAGCUCAGAGGAGUUUUUCGAUGCCGAAGAUACAACGCCCAAUCGACAUUCUACACUUUGUCGUAAAUUACCACCCGAAGUGGCCCAGGAAUUUAUCUUUCCUGAUCCUGCAGUCCGUGUAAAUGCCACUGCUCCUGUAUCCUCUGACAGCGAUGCCACUCCCAUUGGCACUGGAUCCCCGGCCACCCGGAGUCCCACCAAUAGUUUGGGUACUCGCCUUAAGCAACAAUCGGAUACGGCUGCCAUCUUUGUGGAACCCAAACCUGUGCAAGGAGCUUAUGGUAGACAACGCUUUCACGAACUACGUCAGUGCAUGCAAAAUGAUGAAGAUGAUAAUCCAGGAAAUACACUCACACCUGAUUCUCAGAAUAGUUCCACGGAUGGCGUCUUCACAAAUCGAUCGACGCAUCCCUUCAAAGUCAUUGAAACGGAUACAAUGAGCAUACAGAGCAUGACAUCGUUGGGUCGCGUUGGACGUAUAUUGGCGGGUAGUAUCGACCCAUCGGCUAUUAGCAUUGAUCGCGAGUCUUUAGCGUCAAUGAAUGUCCAACAGCAGCAGCAGCAGCAACAACAACAACAACAACAGCAGCAGCAGCAACAACAACAACAACAACAACAAGCAUCACCUACAGUCCCGGUCAUGCCCACAGCGACCACAUCGACGGGUAACACCAACAUCACAUCCUCUGGCACGACCAGCACUCGAUUAUCGCCGAAACAUCAGGAAGUCCCUCAGCCCACAACAGCCACCUCGUCUAUUGCUGAAGUGUCCACUUCUGUUGCCAAUGCUGCGGUCAGCGUUGUAGCUACUACGGUUCCUUCAAUAACUGGCAAUGCCAAUAUUGUGCUCCAAGAGCCAGAUGUGAUAGCAAGCACAAAGCUGGCCCAAUCAAAGACCACUGAUUCAAUUACCUCCAGUGGACCGAUAGCGCCGCCGAGACGUAAAAAGAAAUCUCGCAAAUUUUCUAGCAGUUCAUCGGAGCAGUUUAACAUGAAUGAGGGGAUGCGCCUGCCACCAGCCGAUACGGAGGAUACGGACAGUGAUACACGUUCAGUGAAAAGUGUCCGAGAUGUGCAACAACAGUUGCGCGAUGACUUUGUCAAGGAGUUUGAAAGCUCACUUAACGAUGUUAGCGCUAAGACUAUUGCUGGCAGCACUUUAAGUUGUUCCUCCAUCAACACAAUGGUAUCCGCAUCGGCUGUAACAACCACCACGCCUUCGUCACUCUCUCAGAUGGCUUCAUCUAGUGGCGGUCCUAGUCGUCCAGUGGUGGUCGCAACUGUAGCUCCUCCAGUCGCUGCCAUUUUUAAACCCUCGCAUUCAUUGGGCAGCAGUUCAACAUCUGUUUACUCCAAACCAAGUCCAUCCAACUCGGCGAAAAGCAAUUCCGCCCCAGGAAGAGUCAGUUCAAUUGAUCCCAAUCAGGGCCUUAAUCUGUUUAAAGCCAUUCAGGGUGGUUAUGUUGUGAAGCCACGGGAUGAGGCCAGCAACAAGGCUCAGGGACCGUCGCAGGAUGAAAUUGAACGCAUUGAGAAAAUGCUUAUGGAGACUGCGAGUCGCCCCAAGCUGGCUGGCACUGGAUCAAACAGUUUGGGCAGCUCUACACGCUACCCAGCAUUGAACCGGCUUAGCAAUGAUAAGGAACGACGCAAAUCCGCUGGAGAUGAGGAUGUGCUUAAGCAAAUGAACAUCUAUGUAAGGACACGCACUAGUUCGGGCAAGCAACUAACCGACUUUGAGAUACUUGAGCAAGUGCCUGUCAAAAAUUUGGACACGGGAGAGAAUAUGCCACUAUCUGAAAUGCGUUCACCGCCUGUGCCUGAAGGAUGGAAUCCACUCUCGUUGCAUAUACUGAAACUAACCUCUCAUUUGGAGGUGAUCCAAAAGGAAUCGGAUGAGGAGAGUGUGAUUGGUAUACCACCAAGUAUUGAGGGUCAACCGCCUGAUGAGGAGGAGCUGGAAACUGAGGAUGGCAGUCGAUUGAAAAAGAAGACGGCAAGGAUAAAGCGGUUCUUUGGCACAACUAUGCGCAAGACAGUGGACAAGGCUAAAUCGAUCGCUUCAGAAGUAUCACAUGCCCGGCACAAGGAGGAUGUGGCUGACAUUGUGGAUGCUAUGAAUCCAGAGCAAAAUAUCAAAAUAAAGGCCUCAUCAUCGAAUAAGGGACCUUAUGAGUUUACAAAGCUACAGCAUGUCCAGGACUUAAGUGGCGAGGACACCAGCGCCGUAUGGUGUAUGAAAUUCAGCUCCUGCGGCAGAUUAUUGGCCACGGCUGGACAAGAUAAAGUGUUACGCAUUUGGGUUCUUAAAGAUGCCUAUCCAUUUUUCCAGGAUAUGCGUAAUAAGUAUAAUGCUGAUCAAAAGUCUUCACCCACACCAUCACAAGAAUCGCUGGUAUCCCAGCAUUCUGCGGAAGAGGCCAUCGCCAUGGCCACAGCUGCCGAGAAAUGUCCCGGGCCAUUCAUGCCUAAACCAUUUUGCACUUACAAUGGCCACACUUCGGAUUUGCUGGAUGUCAGCUGGUCGAAAAACUAUUUCAUUCUAUCUAGCAGUAUGGACAAGACGGUGCGAUUGUGGCACAUCUCCAGGAAGGAAUGUCUUUGUUGCUUUCAGCAUAUUGAUUUUGUCACAGCCAUUGCAUUUCAUCCUCGUGAUGAUCGCUACUUUUUGAGUGGCAGUCUGGAUGGAAAGCUUAGAUUAUGGAAUAUACCCGAUAAAAAGGUUGCCCUGUGGAACGAAGUGGAUGGCCAGACGAAACUCAUUACGGCCGCCAACUUCUGUCAAAAUGGGCAAUUUGCUGUAGUUGGCAGCUAUGAUGGACGUUGCAUUUUCUAUAACACGGACCAGUUGAAAUAUCACACACAGAUCCAUGUCCGAUCAACGCGUGGAAAGAAUCGUAUUGGACGCAAAAUUAGUGGAAUUGAACCGAUGCCGGGCGAAGACAAAAUUCUUGUUACCUCCAACGACAGUCGUGUGCGUCUCUACGAUUUGAGAGAUUUAAACUUGUCGUGCAAAUACAAGGGCUAUUUAAACAUGUCCUCCCAAAUCAAGGGUUCCUUCAGUCACGAUGGCAAGUAUAUAAUUGCUGGCUCCGAGAAUCAAUGCAUCUAUAUAUGGAAAACAAAUCAUGACUACUCCAAAUUGAGUUCGGUACGUCGAGAUCGCAGUGACUUUUGGGAGGGCAUUAAAGCUCAUAAUGCCACUGUCACCUGUGCCAUAUUUGCACCACAUCCGGAGGCCAUAAUUAAACCGGAUCCCGAUGAAAUAUCAAAUGAAAAGCUGCUUAACAAUCAACCCGAUCCACUGGUGGAGCAGCAUAAAAAGGGCUGUGGCUAUGUGCUGGUCAGUGCCGAUUUCAAUGGCGCUAUCAAGGUGUUCAUCAAUAAAACAAAACCCAAACACAGCAGUCUACCCUACACGGCCAUUGCCGAUUAGUAGUUAAUGUCAAAAUUAAAAUGAAGGAACCUGGGGAAAAAUGUGUCUAUUAGCACUUGCGUUCUAUAUAUCCCCCACUGUAUUUAUUUGUGACAUGUAUAUGUGCGUACUUUAUACGAUUAAGUAUCAAAGCAGAGACAUUGCCUAACUUAUUUGAUUGUAUCACGAUAAACGAAAGGAAAAGCAAAUCAGAUCAACCAAUGCUAUUAUUUAUUCACUCCAUUUAUUUAUUGUAAUUACUACUUAUGUGAAAAGUUGUUAACAAUUCUUGUGCGAAAUCUUAUGCAUAGAAAAGAAAAAAAAAAUUGUUUUUUAAUGUUAAUUAUUUUUUUAAUAUCGAUUGUGUAAUAAUCUAAGUGAACUAUUUAUACAUAUGUGUCGAUUUGCCAUGCUUGUAGAAAGAUAAAUGAUUAUGUCGAACAUUUGUAUGUUGUGUAUUAUGCAAAGCAAUUACUUUAAAAGCCCCCCCUACCCCACACCCCCCACAACACAUAACUAACUAAUGAUGAUUAGCUUAUGGUAAUUAUUUUAAAUUAUAUCUAUAUAUUUUUUGUAAAUUAAAUUAAUAGGCAGACGCCUCGCACAUGUCCCAUGUGCACUCUUACAAA